CCUACAAAAUCAAUUAUUUUUUAAUCUUGUCAAAAAAUGAAACCCCAACAAAUCAAAGUCAUGUUUUUCUUGUUAGCUGUAAUCUCAGCCUUAAUCGUCCAAAUAUUGGGAGUCCAAAAUGUUCAGCCGAAUACGACGUUAUUAUGUCCCAAGAAAACGGCUUUAGAUACAGUGGCUGGAUGUUUCGAGGCUGUGAAAUUAGCAUCUGGUAAUGAUACCAGAUUGCUAACAAGAGAGUGUUGCCAAGCAGUGAAAGCACUUCCUGAAUGCCUCUUGAUUGUCUAUCCUACCAGAGCUUUAAAUACAUUAAUCUUUAAAGCCAUAUGUGUUAAAAAGUUCCCUGGAUCUACUUUAUAA